AUUUUAUUCAAAUAUCAAGCUUUUACAAAUUAAAAAAUAUUAAUUAUAAGCCUCUAUCAAUGGUGUUCUAUGAUUAUUAUCUAAGUUUAUUGAAAACUUCAAAAAACUUCAACGAUUUCAUAGUUCAAAAUGAUGAUUGUUAUAUAAAGAACGAUAAUUUGUUACACUGUCAUAAUUGUGACAAUGAGUACAUCAACAACAACAACUUAGCAAUAUCCACUAACAAUAUGAAAACAUCCGUCACCCACCCAUUGAAUAUCUCAAUCAUUAUACCCUUAGAUUGUAUCGAUUAUAUGUCUUCCAUUAUCAAGCCAUCAUUAACCAUUGUAGACAAUCCGAUCAAUUUGGACUAUCUGUCGUCCUUAUGCUACAAGUUCCAUCAUGAUAUUAAUAGUUUGACAACCGACGAUCUUACCUAUUAUAACAAAUUAUACUCUUUCAACCAGAACAAGUCUCCUCAUUUAUUCAGAUUCGGUAAUUUGUUGAUGUCUUCGGCACCGGGUAAAAAGUUACGUUUAAAUCAACAGCAUGAACCCGAAGGUCAAUCUGAUCUCAAAAGCCCAGUUUAUAGGGACCUCCAUUUGGACUUUAUUAGAAUAAAAAAAUCUGGUUGCAACGUCAUUGCUUGCUGUCUAGAUGAUAAUGAAUUGAUUUCUUUAGGCAUAAGCUGGUCAGAAUAUAAAGAAACAGCCACAAAAAUAGGUUUAUCGAUAUUAAGGUUUCCAAUGCCUGAAGGUUUACAUCCUCCAGAUUUAAAUGAAUUUCACGACAGACUCUCUAUACUUCUAAACGAUUUCACUUUUAAAGGUUUCAAUAUCUUGGUACAUUGUAGAGGUGGAGUUGGUAGAGCAGGUAUUAUAGCUUCGGCAUGGAUACUCAAAAUGGGUCUAAUUCCAAACCUAUUAUUACCUGCAAUUAAUAACGAAACUGAGCAUUGUUUAUCAAUUCUUAAAUCACUUAUCAAUGUUGUAAGACUUAGACGAUCACUCAAAGCUAUAGAAACGUUUGAGCAAGUUAGGUUCAUAUUCAAUUUCAUUGUAUUUCUAAGGAAGCGGGCUGGUAUAGCUUAACGGAUUUCAUUUCGGAUACCUCAAAGUAAAUGUAGUCAAUUACCAAAGCAAUGUUUGUAAAACUAAGUUCUAUUUAAUGCAGAUUACGAUGAUAACAUAUCUAUUUUGAUUUUAAAUAAGAAUUUAACUUUGAUCUAUCCACUCUGUGGACAUAAUACGAUCCUCCUGCAUCUGUCCAACUAACUGAACCGGCAAAAUAUUCUCCUUUUUCCAUUUCAAGUAUUGCAAGUGGUGAAUUUACCUGAAAUUUUAUUAACUUGUUAGCUUCAUUGGAAUAGAAGCUUAAAACCUACAGUAGCAUCUGUAAUUCUAAAAUUAUUCGACAAGAAUGGUUUCAAUGAUACUAUUUUA